AACAAGUAAAAGAGUAAAGAGUAGAACACAAAUUCGCAAAACUUUUCUGAAAAUUUUAAAAAAUGAAAAAGUUAUCAGGGGUUAUAAGGUGUGUUUAAACCAGAAUUCCGCCUUGAUUUUUUUAGACUUUAUCUGAGUUCCCGUAAGAGUGAAAUUAUAGACUGUAUCCUGGAAUUAGUAGUCACGCUUUACAGUUUCCAACGCGUGGGAUGUCUGUCUAAAAUAAGGCAACAGGUAUACGUUUAUGAGAGGGGGAGGGAGAUAGAGAGGUGGGUUGUUGUUUGGCAUGAGUAGGUUUAUAGAUAAAACUAUUCCCCUGUCACUUACACAUACACACACAAUAAAAAUGUUCUUGACUGUACAAAGUGCAAACAACAUUAAAAAAAAAAAAAAUUGUGAAAUAGGCGAGUGACCUCCCCUUCUCAUUACUCUCCAGUACAAACACCAGCAGCGACAGUAAAAUCCGUAAUUCGCCUCUGAUCUCAUAUUUUUCACUUGCCGGAGUUCUGUGAUCUUUUCAGCACAAUUUCUUAUCUUAUCUACCUUCUAACAUGACAACUAGCUGUCGUAGACUUAAUAAUGGUAGAAAAAGCUCUGACCCUGUCAACCUGAAUGUAGGUGGGGUGAUUUACACUACCUCUUAUCUCACAUUGGUCAGCUACUCAGAAUCAAUGCUAGCUCGUAUGUUUGAAGGUGACUUGCCUUCGGCCAAAGACAAAGAUGGAAACUACUUUAUUGAUCGAGAUGGAAAACUGUUUCGAUAUAUUUUAAAUUUUCUUCGCACAAGUAAAAUUCACCUGCCUGAUAGUCUGGUAGAAUUACAGCAACUUAGUGAUGAAGUAGACUUUUAUCAAAUUCCUAGUUUGAAGGAAGAAAUAGGCCUUGAAAUUACUCGACGCCAUGAGGAGAAUAUGGUGAAAAUGUUACCGACUUGCUGUGAUUCUGAUGGCUAUUUCCUUGACGUUUUGGAGCACAAUGGUGUGCAGGCAAACUUCAAGAACCUCCAGCUCAUUGGACAUAUUGAUAUUAUCAAGGUAUUACCUCUUAGCCCAGAUGAUUACGGGGUGCUGCAGUGUUUAGUGGAGACAGUCAAACAGACAGACUACCACCCACACAAGAGCACAACUGGUCAUAUCUGGUAUCUAGGGAAAGGCUGCUUUGAACUACAGGAUAUCUACUACUUGACACGGGUCGAAAUUGGGGAGUUAGUGCGUGCACAUGGGGCACGCCUUGUGUCAUCAUCAGCAUCAUACACCAAUAGCACGGAGACGAACAAUAUGCAGACCAUAUUGAUAAUGGACAAGUGGCAUAUACCUGCCUACUGUAUCCAGAAGUUACGUGCAAACUGUAUGACUUGUAAAGCUCUCCCUCCUGGUCGCACAGUAGGUUUUUUAGACUGGAACCAGGAACACCAACAAUAACAUUUUAUUAGUUUUAUUAUUUUCUUAAAAUUUUAAAUCUAAUAUAAUGUUAAAUUAUUUAUGUCUAUAUCUACUAUGUGACCAUUUAAAAAAAUUUUUUAUGUAAAAUUUCUAAAAUACCAACAUUGUUAACAGAUAAACAUCUAAUUGUUGUUUACAACUUCACUUAGAGAUUUACCUGUCUCCAAACAAAAAAUAAUAUUGGACUGUGGUUCCCAUCCUCCCCCUACCUACUACAUUUUACUUCACACUUUUUAACUUUUUAUUUAAAAAAAUUCCUAAAGAACAAGAAUAUAUAUAGAUAGAUAGAUGUUUUCUUAAAAGUGUUUCAAGAAAGCCACUAGAAUGCAACUUAGAAAUAUUAGAGAUGAAAACAAAUGUAAAACAAAAGCAAUAAUUUACAUUUUUACCUUAUAUUUCAAUAUUUCGGAUUUAAAAAUCCUAUGUCAGGACAAGCUUAGGUCUGUACUGUACACACACACACAUACAUAUAUGGACAUGUGUAAGGAGCAGGUGCAAAAUGCACAGCCUGAAAUAUUAAUAUAUAACGCAAAAUUGUAAACCAUUAUUUUACUUUUGUUUCCAUUCCUAUAUUGCCAAUUUGCAUUGGAAAUAUCUUUCUAAAACAAAUUUAACUCACUUUUGCAAGUAUACUCUUCAAUUUCUUUAUUUCAAAAAUUUAAGAGAAACUUCAGAUUAGUUUUUAUUUGUACUUUGUUUUAGCUAUCACAGCUAAGGCAAUGCUGGAGCACUGCCUUCAGAUAUAAUUUUUUUUAUAUAUAUUUUUAAAAUGUAAUAUUAAUUUGAAACUAUUUUUCAUCAAGUUUCCCUCUCUUAAUUUUAUUAAUUUACUUUAAAAAAAAAACAAGCUAUUACAUUUUAUCUUUUUAAUUGACUUUGUAGAAUUUUCUUUAUUACAAGUUUCUAGAGCAGUGGGCUGUCAGAAUCGUUAGAGUGUUGAACACAAUACUUUGUAGGGUUUAGUUAUGGCUCUUUACAUUCUGAGUUCAAAUCCCACUUAGGUUGACUAUAUUUUUUAUCCUUUCUGGAUUGGUAAUUCAGUGUACCAGUCACAUGUUAUGGUUACUUGAAUUAACUAAUCUUCUUCCUCAAAAUUUGAAGCCUUGUGUCUAUGUUAGAAACAAUUGUCACAGACUUCUCUUAUUCCAUCCCUUGCCUUCUGCCUUUACCUGUUCAUUUUUUACUUUUAAGUCUAAGGCAUUUGUCAAUGAGUGUAAUGUAUGUGUUUGUGUCUGUACACACACACACACACACACACACUCUUGUCUACUUUAACCAUUUAUCUUUCCAAAUCCCACCAUUCUAUCAGACAUAUGGCAAAUAUUUGUUUUGAUAAGUUGCAGUGAUUUGUUUGAGGAAACUGCUUUUGUAGAGUGUUGCUAGCCAAUGUUGCCUGAAAGAUAUGCGAUCCUGACCCCCAUAUACACAUAGUGCCAGUGGACUUCCGUGAAGUAUACACACACUGCUCUUCAUAUCACAAAAUAUAUUCCCAUUGCUCCACACUCCAAUAAAAUUAUACACAUGCUACUCUUCACAGUCUAAGAUAUACAUACACUGCACUUCUCUUCCUCAAAUACAGUACUUUUCCUCCACUUUCUUUAAGCAAUAUAUAUAUAUAUAUAUAUAUAUAUAUAUAUAUAAUACUUUACCCCUAAAAGAGAAUACAUAUGGAAAUAUAAAUAUACACUGUGAUUUCACAGCUUCAGCUGUAUUCUGAUAUUUCAUUUCUUCACCAUAUAAGUCAUUAAUUUGCUAUAAAUUUCUGGAAUGAGGAAUUAUCAUUAUUAUAUACUGAUAUAAGGCAGCGAGCUGGCAGAAUCAUUAGCUGCACUGGGCAAAAUGCUUAGCAGUAUUUCUUCUGACUUUACAUCUGAGUUCAAAUGUUGCCAAGGCCGACUUUGCCUUUCAUCCUUUCAGGGUCGAUAAAAUGAGUACCAAUUGAGCCUUGCGGUCAAUGUAAUCGACUUAACCCUCCCCCGAAAUUGCUGGCCUAGUGUCAAAAUUUGAAACCAUUACUACAUAUUAAUAUAAUCAAACUAGUGACUUUGUCUUGAUUGUUGUACCCUCUUGCUUUCUUCUGUGCCUGUAGUAUGCUGUAACAUUCUCAGAUUUUCAAGUCAAACUCUAAUUCCAUUCUCCCUGCUAAGGAUGUUCUCCUAGUCUAUGUUCUUGUGAUGCCUGCUCAUUCCACUUGAACUAGUGUGUGUGUGUGUGUGUGUGUGUAUAGAAAGAGAAAGAGAGAGAGAGAGAGAGAGAGAGAGAGAGAGUGAUUUGGGGAUUGAAUCACACUCAUCAGAUAAACUGCAACACUUAAAACUUAAUUUUUAUAUUGACUGUUCCAUUAUCCCAAAGGAUAAUUCAAUAAUGGAAAUUGAAACUAACCUUUUUUUUUUAGUUUUAAUUUGCAUGCUGCUGCUGCUGCUAAUGCUACUGCUGAUGAUGAUUUCUAAUCUUGGCACAAGAUAACAGUCAUAAUACAACCUUUAAGCUAUAUUUAUGAUGACAAUAGUGGUGGUGGUGGUGGUGGUGGUGGUGGCUGCUACUACUGCUGCAGUUGUCAUUUGUUGCUUUGGUUACUUCUUUGAGAGCAAAGUUUAAUCAGAGGAGUAGUGUUCAUCAUUAUUUUUAACAUUGGACAUCUUUCAGUUCUAUAUUUAAGGGAUGAGGAAUUAUGUACAUUACUUACAUUUGAUGGAUAUUUGUCCUCAUUUUGUAUGGUGUUAACACAUUUCGGCUGGAGGGUAUAUCAGCCGAAACAUUGUGUUAACAACAAACAAGAUGAGGACAAAUAUCCAUCAAAUGUAAAUAAUGUAAAUAAUUGGUCAUCUUUGUCUUUUAUUGUUUUUAUUAUUUUUUAAUUUUAAAUCUUACAUACAUAAUUCUCCACUCCUUCAUUCAAAAGACAUUCAUCAGCGGUUAGUUGAGGGAGAUUUGGCUGUUACAAUAAGCAAGCCAAGGGAAUUACACAAGCAACCCCACUUGCUUGUUUUCUAUGCCAAGAAUGUUAAUGAUGCUGAUGAUGGUAGUGACGAUAAUGAUGAUGAUGAUUUUCCCCACAUUGACUUCUCCCAUAACUCUCUUUAAUGCUAAACAAAACCACAAGUUAUUCAGUUGUCCUCCAAAUGAAAUUUAUCUCUAUAUAUGUGACCUAGUGAACUGGUUGCAGUCAAGGAAUUUAUUAGUUACUCGUUCAUUUAGGUAUGCUCAACCUCUUCACUCUUCUCAUUCAGAAAGCAAAAGAGAAUUUUAUUUUUUCCCCUUUACCUCCAGCUUUUCUUUUACAUAAUUUAAAACAUUUUCUUGCAUUUAUUAUUUUAUGCAAGAGUAGGUGGUUGUUUAUUCCUCACUCAAGGUUUGCCCAGAUCAAGCAUUCCAUAUGUGACCAUUCCAUUUUUUUAUUCAGACAUAAUGUACCCAUGGCUAUCAAAGCCAACAGUGGUACUGCUAUGUACUACAUAGGGGUCCCAUUGUUUACAGCCUCACUCAACUACCGAGUCCAGUGAGCCUUUCCUCUUCUUGAGAUGGUUGGGUGUGGUUUGAGGAAGAUUCAACUGCUAUUUCUUAAUUGGCCAAAAUACCAUGCAGGGACUCUUAUUGACUCCUCAUGCUAAUUUAUGUAGAUUUUAGUGGAUUGGAAAAUCUAGCAAAUUUGAAGAAUUAUAAAUUAACAUGACACUACUAAACCACUUAUGUUUUACUUGAAAUAAAUUACUCCAGCUUAAUAUUAAUGUAUUUAGAUAGGUAAUUUUAAAAAAUUCAUUUAUUUUCCCCCAAUUUAUCCUUGCACACACAGACACACACAUUCGCUGUCUCUGUCUCUCUAUCUGUUUGUCUGUCUCUCUCUCUCUCUCUUACACACACACACACACACACGCAUCAAAAACAUGAAGUUAUUUAUAAUUUUGAACAGAAGACAUUGUGAAUAUCUCGGAAUGGAAAAAUAAGUUUUAAGUGUGAUCCAUUGGAUAGGCAAAUUUGAUAUUGUUGUUAUUGUUAAGAUGGAUGCACUGGUAUGGCCAUGAAAUAUGUGUGAAUGAUGUUUACUUGGAUAGAAAACUGCUAUGUUUAUGAUUUAGUUAAAUACACAGAUACUGUUUCAUAGACUUCUUUUUGUCCAUGCUCCCAAGCAUGUUGGGACAGAUUUUGCAUAUUUCAACAUUUACAAAUUAUUGAAACUCUUGGUUUUAAAGCUGUCUGCUCUUCUUACAAUUGACCUUACAAUUGUUGAGAUCUUGUAGAAUCUGGUCUAAGUUUAAUUGUACUGAGGUGUGACUAUAAUAAUUAGGUUUGAAGUCUUAUAGUGCACACAACCAUUCCUGCUCAUAUUUUCAUUUUCUUUUUUUUACUUUUUCUUUUGUAAUCUUUUUCCUGCCUAGUCCUUCUUUUAAUGAAUCUCAAAUGUCUUUCCAAUCUUUUCUGUUACAAGAUUAAUGGUAAAGCUGACAAAAUAAUGUUAUUGGAAUAUAUUUAACUGACUGAUUAUACUUUAUUUUAUUUAUUUAUUUUUUAAGUUUUGCUAAAUUUGAUUUUUUUUUCCUUUCAGCAUAUCUAUUUGUUACAUAACACAACACAACACACACACACACACACUGUUACAAAGGAAAGGUUCACUGUGCCUUUGCUGCUUUGAUGUCAUUGGCUUCCUCAGAAUGUCUGACAAAGCCAACAACAGGGUAUCUUUAAAGUUACUGUCAACCUUUUCAUUGUAAAACUAAAUGUGAUACUUUACCUAAAUGUAUUGAGUGAGCCUUCAUCAACCAAUGAGUGAGUGUUUAUAUAUAUAACUAUAAAUAAAAACAAACACACACACACAUGCACAUAUAUACACUUUAUAUUGAUUUAUUUUUGAUAAAAAGUGUAAAAUUGACCUUAUCACAAAAAGCUCAAUUGUUGAGAAUAGAAAGACAAAUAUGAGAUUGUGUGAAAUGCAAAGUCAUUAGCAUUUUAAGUGAAAUGAACUGGUUACAACCAGGAAUCAAAAUCUUAUUCUCUACUUGGUUUGUAAGAGAACAUGAAAAAAGAAAAUCAUAAAAAUAAUUUGAAGAAUUCAUAAUAUAAUCAAAAUUUUCUUAAUUGCUGCCGUUAUUAUUAUUAUUAUUAUUAUUAUUAUUAUGUUUAUCAAGGUGGCAAACUAGCAGAAUUAUUACUCCACCAGAUAAAAUGCUUAGUGGCAUUUCUUUUUGCUCUUUACAUUCUAAGUUCAAAUUUCACCAAGGUUGACUUUGCCUUUCGUGCUUUUGGAGUGAUAAAAUAAGUACCAGUUGGGUACUGAGAACAAUGUACUCGAUUAGCCUACCUCCCCCAAAAUUUCAGGCCAUGUGCCUAUAGUAGAAAAGGUUAUAAUUAUUAUUAUUAAGACAGCAAGCUGGCAGAAUCAUUAGCACAUCGGGCAAAAAGCUUAGUGGCAUUUCGUCCGUCUUUCUGUUCUGAGUUCAAAUUCCAUCAAGGUCAACUUUGCCUUUCAUCCUUUGGUGGGGGUGGGGGUGGGGGUAAAUUAAGUGCUAGUAAAACACUGGAGUCAAUGUAAUUUCAGGCCUUGUACCUUUAGUAGAAGACAUUAUUAUUAUCAUCAUUUUUAUUAUUAUUAUUGUUAUUAUUACUGCUACUACGAAAAGGGCUAUCAGUUUGUAGAAUCAACAGUGUAUUGGACACAGAAUAUCUUGUGGUAUUUUCUUUUGUUGCUGUUAUUGUCUUAUCACAAGUCAACCUUGAUUAAUCAGACUUAUGAUCAAAAGCAUUCCAACUGUGACUCUCCUGUUUUUUGUUUUUGUAUCCUAUGUGAAGGAAACCCAGGCGACACCACAUAAUCCAGUAACUUGUUUUUGAGAGAGAUUUGGUGGCUGCUAUUUCUAGCAUGUUGAGUGAUCAUGCAGAGACUCUUUAUCAGUUUAAGUGGUAUUUUUGUUACAUCUCUUUUGUGUUGUAAGUUCAAAUGCUUCUAAGGUUGACUUGGACUUUCAUCUUUCCAGGGUUGAUAAAAUAAAGUACCAGUGAAGUACUGAUAUAAUUUCAACAUAAUUAAAUUCUCACCCCCAAAACUUCUGGCCUUGUACCUGAUAGAAAUUAUCAUCAUCAUCAUCAUCAUCAUCAUCAUCAUUAUUAUUAUUAUUAUUAUUAUUAAGGUGGCAAGCUGGUAGAUUUGUUAGCACAAUAAGCAAAAUGCUUAGCAGUAUUUCAUUUGUUUUGAUGUUCUGAGUUCAAAUUCUGCCAAGGUUGACUUUGCCCUUCAUCCAUUCAGGGUCGAUAAAACAAGUUCAGCACUGGGAUCAAUGUAAUCGACUCAUUCCCUUCCCCGAACUUGCUGGCCUUGUGCCAAAAUUUGAAGCUAUCAUUAUUGAUAAAGAAAUCGUUAUUAAUAAAUAAAUAAAUUGUUAUUAUUAUUGGUAGUAGUAGUAGUAGUAGUAGUAGUAGUAGUAGUAGUAGUAAAGAAAGUAGUUGUUUUGCAGCAUUGUUUGAAUAUCAAACAAAAUGCUUAACAGUAUUUGUUCCAGCUCCUGGUUCUGAGAUCAAGUCCCACUGAAGUUAGUUUUGCCUUCCAUCUUUCUAAGAUUAAUAAGAUAAAAUGCUAGUCAAGUACUAAGGUCGAUAUAAUUAACUGCUUCCCCCUUCCAAAUCUCUGGGCUUCUUCUUUUGUAAGAAGUUAUUCAAGCUGCAAGCUGGCAGAAUUGUAAGCAUGCUGGACAAAAUGCUUACUGACGUUUCAGCCUUCUUUACGUUCUGAGCUGAAAUUCCACCAAAGUCGACCUUGCCUUUUAUCCUUUUGGGGUUGAUGAAAUAAGUACCAGUUGAGCACUGUGGUUAAUGUAAUUAACUAGUCCCUUCAUAAAAAUUUCAGGGCUUGUGCCUAUAGUAGAAAUUAUUAUUAUGAAAUAGGACAAUGGAUUGGCAGAAUAAUUAAAGCAUCAGACAAAAUGCCUUGUGGUAUUUGUUCUAGUUUUUUACAUUCUGUAUUCAAAUCACACUAAAGUUCUAUUUUGCUUUUCAUCCUUCUGGGGUUGAGAGAACCAGUCAAGUAUUAGAGCCAGCAACAUUUGUAGCCUUGUUAAAAAUAAUAAUUAUUAUUAUUAUUAAAAAAUUACCAUUAGAAAUGUUAGCACGGCACUUAGAGAUUUUUAAAAAAAAAUAUAAAUUAUAUAAUAAAUAAAUGAAAUAUCGAGGUGUUUUAUGUAAAUUAGUAUUAGAUGCUAUAAGAACAAUUCUGCCAGCUUGCACCUUGAAUAAUGUCUUACAAAAGAAGAAGCCCAGAGAUUUGGAAGGGGGAAACAGUCAAUUAUAUCGACCUUAGUCCUUGACUGGCAUUUUAUCUUAUUAAUCUUAGAAAGAUGGAAGGCAAAACUAACUUCAGUGGGACUUGAUCUCAGAACCAGGAGCUGGAACAAAUACUGAAACAGGAAAGAGCAACAAUUCACUGAUGAGAUCUAUAUUAGGUGUUGCUGAAAAUUAGUUUCAGCAUGAAGAAGAAGGUUUAAAGCCCUGACAAUAGACAAAAAGAAUAUGCAGUUCUAAUAAACAGUGGAGAUGUAAUUUCAGAAUUAUUUUAGAGUAAGGCUAAAUACAUAUUCUUACAUUGAUUUAAUUGACUUGAUUCAAUUAGUUUUAUGGUGUGUCCUGUAGUUUUUGUAGAACAUAUUGAGUUGCAGAAGUUGUGGUGGUUGGAGUAAGAGGGGGACAGUGUUAUGUUUAAGUUUGAUGAAGUGGCUUUCAUCUCUCUUUUAAAGCUUUAAGACUCAGUAUUUCCGAAGCAUUCAUACUAUCUUGUACACAUGUGCGCACAUGCACACACACACAUUCUUUCUUUCUCUUCUUGAGAUAGAAUUUGAACCUAGAACUCAGAGAGAUGAUAUCAAAUACUGCAUUGCACUUAAUAUGGUGUUUUACACUUUUUACCACCACCAUCCGCCCACUCACCCACCCACCUGUGCUUACAUGAAAACUCAACUGCAAAAACUUGAUUUGUUUUUCUAACUUCUCAGCAUUUUCACAAAAUUCUGUAUUUCUUAUUCUAAUGGUUUCCAUUAUCACCUAAUAUUUUUUUAAAAUUGUUUUUAUUUCUCUGAUGUUCUUAAAUUAAAUUGGAGUGUGUGUGUGUGUGUGUGUGUGUGUGUGCGCAGGAAAGAAAAGUUGUUAAUUUGUUGUUGAACACAUUUCAGUCUGUUUUGUAAGAGUAAUGACACUAAAACUUAGGCCAAAUUAAUUAUGUAAGGCGUUUUGGGUAAACAAAAGUAGCAACAAAAAAACUCUUAAACUUAAAUAAGAAGAAUAACAACAAAACUAAAUUCACACAAUAGUCAACAAUGGAUUUGUUUGUGAAAGCUUGUAGGAAAAACAUUUUCCCCUUCUUUUUUGUUUUUGAUUCAAUCUUUUCAAUGCCAACACAUUUGAGAUACUUUUGAUUCUGUGAUAUAAUACUGUCCAUUUUAAAGUAUUUCUAUUUAAAUAAAGAGGCGAUACAAAUUAUGUACCAAAGACCAGUGUAAUAACAACAAAGUUAUUUUAUUCAGAACCUUGAAAUUCUUGAUUAUUUUCAAAAUUAAUUGAAACAUCAUAGUUUGUGUAUUUUAUUAGAGACAUGAACCAGAAGGGGCUGAACUCCACCUACAUUUAAAAAAAAAUUAAUUAAAACUGAGCUGGCAGAAUUUUUAGCACACCAGGCAAAAUGCUUAGCAGUAUUUCGUCUGUCUUCAUGUUCUGAGUUCCAAUCCUGCCAAGGUCAACUUUGCCUUUCAUUCUUUCAGGGUUGAUAAAAAUAAGUAGUUGAGUACUGGGGUUGAUGUAAUUGACUUACCCUCAUCCCCAAACUCGCUGGCCUUGUGCCAAAAUUUGAAACCAAUAUUUUAUGGAGAACUCUUCUAUUUCGACAUUUACUUUUCCAUAUACACCACCCAUCACAACUACCACCACAGAAGCAUGAGGCAACAAGAGUCUGAUUAUGGUCACUCCACCGGAUUAAAAAACAACAGUAAAUUACACUACUAUCUUAAAAGAGAUGAGAUCUAAGAUGACAUUGGAUAAUGUAGUACAAGAUACACAAUGACUGAAAAGAAAGACGGGUUGGUCGUAGUUGGAAAGCUUUUGAUUUUAAAUAUGCUCAAUCAAGCCUAAUUUGGGGCUAAGCAAUAAUGAAGGAGCCUCUAAGUGAUUAGUUCACCAGUCCCCUCUAUAAUCACAUCUUAGCAUCUAAAUAAAAAAGAAGGGGCACAUUGGAUAUAUAGAUAUGUCUGAAUAAAAGACAUAGUAUGGCUGGAACACCUUUGAUCAUUGGUCUGCUUGAUCAGGACUCUCUUUUGGAAAAACAACACUAGUGCUUUGAGAACCAAUAGAUUUCUCUCUCAUUCUGCAGAAAGUUAACUAUCUCAGUGACCCUCACUAAAGAAAUGAGCCUAUACACACACAUACACAUGCAUUUUUGGGUUACUGAAUACAUAUUGUAGAGUAUAUUUAUUUGUAGAAAUCUAGUGCUUCAUUUUGUCACUAGUGAGUUUCUUAUUCAAUAUGGCCAUUCACGUAACAUUUUUUUUUUCAUUUUACCUGAAGACUGUAUCAAGUGAUAAAAUCUGAGUAACAAAGGUGUGAAUCACUAACUUCAUAUGAAUUCGUACACACAGGCUUUUUUUUCUCUGCUAAUUCUUAUAAUCAUUGUUAAUUGUGUAAUAUCUUAUAUCAAAUGGUCAUUAAAAUAAUAAUAAUGAUGGUGGUGAAGAUGUAAACAAUGCUUGUGCUACCAUCACUAUAACUACCCUAGGUUCUAUUAAGUAUACAAACACAAAUAUACCAGAUCAAACAUCAUUAAUUUUCAUUUGAUCAUUUGAAAUAUCUUUUCAUGCACACAUAUUCAUUUAUUUAUUUACUCUUAUGUACUAAUAUGUACCGUCCAUUAUAUUUAAAUUUUCUGUUUUAUUAUUUUCUUUAAAAAAUCAGACAUUUCUCAGAUUCUUGUACAAAUAUUUUAGAGAACUAUUAUUGUUUGCUUUUAAUUUGUUACAGCAUCUAUUUAAUGAUCUGUACAUUCUGAGUUCAAAUCCUGCCAGCAUCAACUCUGCCUGUGUUCUUUCCAAUGUCAAUGAGAUAAAGUACCAGCCAUGUUCUGGGCUGAAGUUAAUCAACUAUUAUAACAUCUGUUAUUGAGAACUGUUCUUGUAAAUUUUUUAUUUGUUGCAAUAUUUACAUACAAAACUCUACCUUCUGAGUCUAAAUCUCACUGAGAUCAACUCUAUCUGUCAUCCUGUAAUGUUAAUAAAAUAAAAUACCAGUUGUGUACGAGGGUUGAUUUGACAAACUCCUCCCAAGUGUAUGGCAUGUUAGAAAUCACCGUUUCUAUAUGUUGUUCACUUAAGCAAAACUAUCUGUCUUAUGAUCAACAAAUUAAAUUAUAUUCAUAUUGCUGAACCAGCAAGUUAGCCUCUGAAGUAGUUCUGUUAGUUAUAGAGAUAAUAGUCAGCAUAUAGUAAUCAUAUAUAAGAGUUUUUUUUUUUUAUCAUUUCACACAGUUCAAUUUGAGUCCUACAGUAUGGGAAGGGGGUCUUUUAAUGUAUAUGUAUUUAGCUGCUGGUAAACUCAUAAUCAUUAACUGGUUCAAGUCAUGUCUGUCUGAACAGACUUUCUGCAAAUUUUGUGAAUUAAAUUGUUAAAGUUGAUACCUCAUCUGUCAGUAAAUUUUGAAGUCAUUCAUUGAUGAGUAACUUCAAAAUUGGCAGAGAGCUGAACCUCAUAACAUGGUUUCUACACUAAAUGAAGAUUGAUGUCUUCUAUAAAUUUACCAUUUAGUGAACAUACAAAUUGAACUAAUCAUUUCAAUCGAGCAAGAGACCAACAUACACUAAUACUGGGGCACUUUUCUCUUAUAAAUAUUAUUGUAGCUUCCUUCACAAAUAUGCAAAAUAAAUGCACUCCAAACAUUUCGUAAGAUAUUCUAUGAUGGAGAGUUAUUAAACAGAAACCAGUAUUUACAAAAGAGUCUUACUGAUAUACAAUUAUGUUAAAAAGCCACAAAUUCUUUAUAGGAAUAAUAUAGAAUGGGUUCACUUCUAACAAAUAGAAUCAGUGGCCUGGUUUCAGUCCAUUUUUCCUGUUAACCUUGAGGAAGAUAUGCACCUCAAACAUUUCGCCUCUACUCUUAAAUCUGAAGCCUUCUAAGAAUCAAAUCACUUUUACUUUUCUCUUCUAAUGAAAAUAAGCAUCCUUUGUUAAUGGGGAAGGGAAGAUGACAGUACACAAUAAAUAUAUCUACAUUCAUGAUUUUCAUUCUGUUGCUAGAGUUGAAUUUAUCUGCGUUGAAUGGAUCUUGGUCAGUCAACCAGAGGGUCAGUAUUUCAUAUCCUGGCACAAAGUACACCUGACUUCUGUAAAAUGUAUUUUAUUAGCUUGUAGUGCUGAGUUUAUUUCUUUGUAUGGGCAUCAAAGUACAUAAAACUGACUUUUUAAAACUGAUUCUGUCAUCAUUAAAGUGGACUCAAAACAAAUAAAUGCUAACAAGCUAAUCCUUUUCAAAUUACCGAUGCUGAACUCUUGCAUUAAAUGGAUGAGAAAUAAUUAUAUUUUGGGAUAGGAUAUUGCUCUUUUGCAGGUAAUUUCUUCCACUCAUAAAAUUAAACUCUGCAUUGCAAGACAAGUAAUCUGUCAAUUCAACAGGACUGAUCAUAGAGCUCAGCUAAACAGCUUUGUUUUACCUACUUAAUGGUUCUUGCAUCUGUUUUAACAUCAGUGAGUGGAACUGCCUACUCAUUGUAUUACAAUGUAAGUGGUUGAGGAUUGCAUAGACAUUUGUUCUUUUAAUGUAAUCUAAUAGAAUCAGUGUGACAAGGCUGGACACUUUGAAUUAUAGGUGCAGUCUAUCUGGUAGGCUUCCACAUAGUUUCUGUUUCAGUUUCAUUCAGAAGGCCUUGAUUGAGUUGAAAAUAAGUCAGAUUUUUGUCCAAGGUGCCAUACAAUGAAAUUGAACCUAGGACCUUGUGAUUAUAAAUGAACUUCUGAGGAAAGAACUAACUACCUUGGCCCAGGACAGCAAAAUACUGAUGGUAGGAUAUGAGCUAUUUAAACUCCUCAGCUGGUUGUCCUUACCCAACUUAUUCAGUCGAGAAUACUUUUCUGAUAUAGAAUGAAUCACAAUGUCAAAUGAUCUUUCAUAUAUGUUGAUGCACAAACACAUUCAAUGCUUUCUUUGUUUCCACACAAUGGCAUUUCUUUGUUCAAUAUAUUUAUUUGUCAAAAUGAAUAAAAAUCAAAUUGAAUUUGAAACUUA